AUGGCACUUAUGUCUCAGAAAAGAUAUUGCCAUAUACGAGCACGAGGUCAAAGAAAUGAAGGAAAACUUAAGAGUUGCGAGGACUCGACUUGUCAGCCGAAGAGGCGUGCUAUUGAAAUAGAAGAAAUUGAGCAUAAGCUGAAAUCGGCCAACGACACCGUCAGCAGGCUCCAAGAGAAGCUAAUGGAGAAAGAUCAGAAGAUCACACAGCUUGGAUCCGAAGUCAGCGCAGCCAAGUUUGAAGUCUCUGUGUUAGAGACGAGACUCGCCAAGCAAGUAGCUGACAUCCAACACAAGAUCGGAGAACUCACAGCUACUAAUAAACAUCUGGAAGAGAAGGUUAUGGAAUAUGAGGAGAGGGAGAAUACUCUAGCAAAGCAGUUGGCCGAGGCACAAGGUAAUGCUGAAGCGGCUAAAGCAGAACUAGUAGAAUUGCAGAAGAAGCUUGUUGAAAUCGAG